AUGGAAUUACCCCCAGGCUCUUCAGAUCGGCUUGCUUAUCCAGACAGUAAGAUGGAUAUUGAAGACCAAGAACAAUCUCUAGAAGAGGAAUCACUGCCAGGGGACAUAGGCUCAAUAGAAGAUGCAAUCUCUUCACGUGGGCUUCAGGAAGAGGCAGGCCUGCAAUUGGACCAAGUGAGGCUCAGUGAUGGGUGUGUGCUGGAAGUGCAGCAACUGACCGAGAUUUUUGACUUCACUGUCACUGAUUCUGACAAGAACGUGACAACAAACACAAGCCAGGAAACCUACCGCUAUGACUACUCUUCUCCUAAGGACGAAAUGGUUCUUUGUUCUGAAGUAAACUAUCAAGAGGCCUUGGAGAAGAAGAAGAAGAUCCGUGCAGAAGCUAUUACUUUUCUCCGUGCUCGGACGCAGGCGCGCCUGGCCCGGUUGGACGCAUUGUCUGAGGAAGAUUUGCUAAGCCGAACGAGCGAGCAGUAUCAAUAUUACCCCAACGAGAGUAACGGCUUGUCAAUCACCCCCCAGCUCCUUGCUGAAUCGAAUAUUACAUCUGCCUUCAAGAUGGAGCCAGUCCAGGCAUCUAAGAAAAAGAAGAAAAAGAGCAAGAAGAAGCCUAAGAAGCGAGUGCCUCUUGAGAUUAGAAACACUGACUCUCCCAACAAUCACGCGUUGAACCCGGCUAGUCCAAGUGUGCGUGUGCUGAAUGUGCAGCCCUUAAGCAAGAAGGUGGCUCCUAGUGAUGGCCCGUCUUAUUCGACUCGAUUUCAGGAUCUGUCGGAGCCCAGCCUAUCCUCAUGCUGUCAGGAAACUAAUCUCAAGUCUGAACAUUCAAACUCUACUACACCGGCAAAGGACUUCGCAGCCCCUACUGCGACUCAACAUGAGAACAGAUUGCAAGUCGAACACAAGGAUACGACCGAUUGCCACGAAGGUUACUCGACGGGGUGUGUAUUGAGUGCUGGUCCUCGUGAGCAGACCUACCGGGAUGUACUUCUAGGUACAAUGGAUCGAAGAGACAAAAGGCAAGGCUCAUGUACAGAUCCGGCGAUAAAAGGUGACAUAACAGAGAACAACGCUGCACCACAUGCACAUCUAACCCCGCUCGCAAUCGAAGAGUGGCCGAGUAUCACUGGAGAUACACCGGCUGAGAGAGAUACGUGUGAUACAAGUCCCAAGGCUGCUUCCUCGAUCGAUUCAGGACAAGAUGAGGAGGUAUCACGCGCUGGAUCUUCCACCUGUGCUCAGCCAUCGCGCAGUGGUCACCCUACACCCAAAAAUAAGGCUUCUUCAAAAGAAAAGCUGCCUCCUAUACAAGAAGUGACAAGUGAGAUGUUUCAUGGUUAUCCACAUGUAAAACCGCCCUCUCCUCAUGCUGAGCGAGGGAGCAUAUCUGGCGAGAUUCAAAGUCACCUUACAUGUACACCAAAGUCCUCAAAAUCUACCUCCACAGGUUGGACCAGCGCCGAACCUCAGGGCACGCCACAGACCGAAUCCUCUGAGAUCGAAGCCACGGAAACCAAGAACCACCACCAGAAGGUCUCCACCGAGACAAGAACUGUUGUGAUCUCCCACACGAAGGGCAGCCAUGCACACCCCUCGUCAUCUUUGAGCCAUGAGAGACCAGGUCGAUGUACCACAACCGCACAAAAGUACAUAUCCACUCAGAAACCAGAGGGAUUUUUCUGGCAGCUCGAUAGUCAUGGAUUCCCCUGCGCGAAGGCAGGGUGUGAAAAGCGUUGUAACUUAUGGGAUGGUGCAACCGUCAUCUGCCCUCGAUGCGGGCCAUUCUCGGAAAUCCGUUAUUGCUGCAAAGAGCACCUCCUGGAAGACAUAAAAUAUCAUUGGCUAUACUGCGGACGGAUGACUUUUGAACAUCCUUGCCGAGAGAGUUCGAUCCCCCGGGAUGUGAGAGAUGGGCCACCCCUGGUUCCUUGUCUACAUCCUUAUGAUACACCUGAACGUCAUCGUCAGGCCGUUUAUUUCAAUGCAAAGGUUCGUGAGGCGGAUUAUUUCAUCUUCUCAGACUGGACUGAUCUGGUGAAAGCCGGCUUCCCAGAGAGCAAUGUCGAGGUGCGGUGUUCAAGUCAAGUCAUCUAUACUAUCAAGUUCGAAGACGCAAGUGAGAAAGACCGGUUUCGUCGUGUUCUAGCGACAUGCCUCUUCAUGACAAUCGAAGCUACCGAACUUGUAGAUUUUCUAUUCCGGCUAAUUCGAGACAAACUCCGAUCACAGACUGCCCCCAUAGAGCUUGAAGCCACGCUCAAGUUUCAAUUUCAACAAGAAUUCUGCGUGACCAUACAGCCACAUAUCACCGGAGAGAGACACGCCUGUGUGACGGAUUGGGAUGGAAGGAACCGCCGUAAUUGCCAGGAUGCUAUCUGCCGAGCGGAAUACCGUCGUUUGCUUGGAUCCCUUGGGGGGAAGGGCCAUUAUCAGCUCAUUGAUCACUUGGAAGGCAGUUACUGGAUUCUUCGAGCGGCAAGAACCACCCAUCCUGAUGUACUUGAUGCCAAAGCGCGUAUGCGGGGAGAGGGCUUCAGCGACCUCGCGGAUGAAGAUCGAAGAGAGUUCCGCCGGGGCGCAGGAUGGGAUGGUGCUGGGACAGGGGAUAUGGAAAUUGAGGGAAUUAAUGAUGAUUGA